GUCUGUUUUCAGCAUUGUGGGUGGGCCAGUAUUACAGGACACAGCCAAAAUAUGGAAUGGAGGGCUUACUAACUUCAUCGAUUGAUACAACACUUUUGGAGAUUCUACAAUACACAGGCAGUGUGCGCUCACUGUGAAGAAAUCUCAGGAAGGUCAGACAUGGGCUUAUCACUGUGGACUCCUAGCACAGCAACAGAGAACACAGGCCCCAGUACAAGCCUCGGCACAAGAGAACAAGGAAAGAAGCCAGAACUGAAUGCAUCUGUGACUCCUCAGCGUCCCACACUUGGAGAAGAAAACAGCUCUCAACAGUGCACUUUUUUCCUGGAGCAACAUGAAGACAGACUGUUGGCCUUAAGGAGACAAGUAGGUGAAAAACAAGUUGAACAAUGGGGUAGACAGAGAGAUACAACAGAACCAGACUUGAUGAUUCUGAAAUCCAGAUGGGAAACUGCAGUUGGAGUUCCUCAAAUUUAGGGACCAAGAUUCUACUCUGGGAAUAAAGACUGCUCUCUUCAACACCUCUGCUGAACAGGGGAGGACUCUGAACCAACACCAUGGACACAAGCAAGCAGACCCCUGAUGAGCCUCUCCUCAGAAGCAAAAGGAGGCAAGAUCUUCCAGAGAUGCUCAGAGAAGUAGGACUGGAAGUUGAGUACUGGUUGAUCAAGCUGAAGGAAGUCCUGGGUGUGACCUGCGCCCAGUCAUUAAGUUAUUUAAAAGAAAAAGACCUCCAGAAGCUGAAAUAUGAGGUAAAAUAUCCAUGGGAGAAAAGGGCCCUGGAGAAGCUGCUUGACCUGUCCCACUCAAAUAGUCUUGCAGAGUUACAGGAGUCACCAGUGGAGAGGAAAAAGGAGAAGCAGACAGAACAAGCAGUGAAAGAGCUGAGGAACUUGCUGUCAGAAGGGAGACAGAGACAGGAAGAGGCAGUGAAGAGAAAGGAAGCAGAGCUGAGGCAAGCCAUGGAGAUCCCUGAAGAGAACAGGCUGAAGCCUCCAAAGCCCCUCAGGGAAGUCAUGGAAAUCAUAAAGAAAGAAUUCAGUCCCAUGGAGCAGACGCCAUCCCACAGGCCAAACCUCCCAGAUAGAGAUCUGGUAAGAUGGGCAUCUGGAGGGCUGGCCCUGCAGGGAAUAUACAAAACCUGCCACCACAUGGACCUGAUACAGAGGAGAGAGGAGCUACUCAGUGUCCCCAAGGAGUUCUCACUCUUUGGCCCUCAGCAGGGCACAUUGAUGAAAUCUGAAGAAUUCACAUCUUCUCAAGCAGAAGUCACGUUCACCCAGUCUAUGGAGAAUUUAGGCUUCAGUUUAACUACUUCAGCCAAGGGUGGAGGUUGGGGAUUUAGUUUAGAAACUGAACUGGAUAAAGGCAAACAUUCAGAAUCCAAGCAAACCCACCUAACAAAUUCUGAGUGCUCUUAUUUCUGCUCAACCAAGUUCAGAUACACUCCCAUGGCAUCCUGCCACUUCCCCAUUGAUCAACUCCAGUUGUCCAAUGCUGCUCUUCAGGAAUUGAAAUGCCUUGAAGACCUUCUGGAUCAGACUACAGACCCUCAGGAAUCCCAGAUGCUGAAACAGUGGAGUGAAAGAUUCUUCCACAGGUUUGGCUCUCAUGCUAACCAAGGCCCUCUGCACCUGGGAGGAAUCUACUGGUGGAAGGCUGUCUCAAAGGGGUUCCAAAAUUAUCACCUAGUUAAUAUAAAGCAGCAGGCAAUAGAGGCCCUGGAUUUUUACAUAAGUGGUGGCUACCAUGGUUUUGGAAUGAAUGUUGCUGCAGGUAUGAAUGUGUCAGACUCACAUUCAAAAGCAGCUAUUCAGAACAAGACUUUUCAAAACCUCCAAACCAAAUUCCAAUUAUCUGUGUCCAAGACAGGUGGACCACCAGAAGCAGAUGACCUUGCUCAAUGGAAAGCUGGCCUUGUUGCCAGCAAUCAAACCUGGUGUGUCAUUGACCGGGGAUUCCAGCUGGUGCCUAUUUGGGACAUUAUCCUCUCCAGCCACAGAAGUGAUUUUAAAGAUCCAUGUAAGGUAGCUAAGUGUCUGAAAGACAACUACACUACUCUGACUGGCCUUGCUUCCCAGAUCCAAGAAGGAGAGGAGAUACUGAGUGUUAGGCAAGAGGUUAGAGUUUUCUUAGAUGCUGUGAAGUCCUGGGAAGUCUCUGAUCCUGAAGAACAGCUUCAAAAGCUGAUAAAUUUUAAGCAAACACUGAGUCAAAAAACAAAAGGAAAUGACACUUGGAUUAACCUAUGCCUCAUAGAUAAGGAUAUGCAGACUUUUCUAGUCAAUACCAUCAAUUUUUGCAAAAUGUCUACCAAUUGUAAAACAAAUUAUAUUAAAAUUCAGUUGUGCAGCCUUCUAGAUCCUCACAUCUACAAGGUGGAAAAUUUUCCUCAGACUCACUCCAUUAUGCACUGGAUCAAACAGUCAGAUUCAGAGCAAGAGCAAGUCCACAUCUCCGAUUUUUCUGAAUUCAUUAAAAAAUUAACAAAAACACAGGAAGAAUUCUUGGAAGUGAAGGUCCAAGAAAAAGUAGAAGAAGCUCAAAGAAAGGCCACAUAUGAGGUCUGCUUGGCUCUCAACAGCUUCUUGAGCCACUUGCAAGCAACAGAGCAGCCAGAUACACAGCUCUUGCUACUUUCCAUUGCAGCUGGUGCAGGAUAUCAGGUAGGAAGCAAUAUUUUUAAGCCUCUCCUGGGGCCUGGUGAGUUAAACUUCCUACUGGAUGAAAUACAAACUGCCUUUAAUGAAUACCAGCAGCUCAAAACUAUUUCCAGCUAUAGGGCCCAUGCAUUCCUGGUGCUCACAGGUCUGACAGCCACAGCUGAAUUAAGAGCUCUAUCUAUAGAAGAGAAGACAAAACGCAUGGAAUUUAUAAUAAAACACAUGGGACAAUUAUUUUCUAAAGAAGUUGUACAUGUCCUCACUAAAUUUGAAGAAGAUCAUGAUUGGGAAAACAUAGAAAGAAACUUGAGAUUACUCAUUGAUGGAGAUUAUGAAGCCACCAUCUCUUCUUUGAAAAGGGAUGACGUUGAAAGAGAGCUACUAAAUCUUUUCCAUGAAAAGAAAUGGCCCUGUGAACCAGAUAUUAACGAAAAUAACACAAAUGAAGUAAUAGAAAAUGAAGCCUUCCUAGACUUACUCCAGCGUCUAGGCCUACAACAUUACUACCCUAAAAAAAUGAGUAAAGCUAAAUUUCAUCUGAUCUACAAGACUUCUCUUUACAACACCCAGCCCAAUUCUGAAAAGGAACUUCCCUUCUAUUUCCUUCAGAAGCUAAUGUUGCUGGAUUAUGGACUGAGAUACCUUGUCUUUAAAGACUAUGGAAAUAUAGAAUCUAAGGUUUCUCCAAGUGCCUCCAAUCAGGAAUAUGAGGGUUUUGAUCCAUAUGAAGACUUUGUUGAAGAUAGUGAUACUCUCACUGAUCCUUUGACUACUGAGUCAAGGCCCCACAUUCACCCCAUGGAUAUCCAGAUGACCAUUUUUCACUGUGCAGAUGAUUUUGCCAGACAAUAUAUUUUGACCAAACUUUCUACUUGUCAAUUUGCCCUGCCUCUCCUGGUGCCAAAUCCUUGCACUUCUCAAAUUGAAUUCUCUCUCUGGUCUCUCAGAAAAGUUAGGAGAAGUUGGCAGCAAGAAAAGAAAUCACCACAUGGAAAGAACAGUCAUAAGUGUCAGCAGAUGUGUUGUGUCUCCACCCCCAUUGUGUCCUUCAUUAGAGUGGGCAAUGGCCUGUCUGCUUCCAAAUCUCAGAUCAUGAACUGUCUUCUCAGUGAACGUAAACAUAAUGUCUUUUUUCACCGACACUGCAGAGAAAGCAGCAAGGACUGCCUCUUGAUGGGAGGUGUGGUAGAAAUCUGCUGGUUUUGGCCUGGAGGGGAAGUGGAGGACAGGUUUGACAACUGUGUGACCUUCAUGAAUCUUCAUGGAGAUGCAAAGGAACAUAAAAGGCAGCUCACUUUCCUGCAGGAGGUCUCUUCUCUCAUUGUGGUCCUCAUGUCAGCUUCUGAUGACAACAAACAAAACCAAAAAAUUGUCCGUGACCUAUGUCAGUCAUCAAGAUCAUUGAUCUGUUUGCUAGAUGACAAAGAAAAAUCCAAACCCAGUAGUUCUGGUAGAAGAGUGAAAAUUGGCCUGAGGAAUAGAAAUGAGGCAGAAUUGACAGAGGAGCUCACAACUACCAUCAGACGUUUGCUAGAGCUCACUGACACAGCUCUCAGCCUAGAGGACUGUUCUCAAAUUGCUCGCCAGCAAGGAUUUCUUAUUGAUGAAGACCAGAGAGAUUGUAAGGAGGGCAAAGAAAAGGCACAGAUUAUAAUGGCUCUUUUAAGAGGAACAGAGUUAUCUAAGGUGAAGGAAACCUUCCUACCGCUUCAGGGACAACUGUGGCAACUUUGGUGUAGGAAGGACAAAGAACUGUAUCAUCUGAGAGAGAAGGGAAAUCGAAGCAUUGAACAACACAAGAGUGAGCUUGAGUCAGAUAAACAAAUAAUUCGGCAAAAACAGGUGCAAAGAGCUUUUCCUCUCAAUGAUGUAAUGUUCUCUGUGCUUCAAAUUCUCUACUGCUAUUCAGAAACUCACACCACACUCUACUUCUUGCAAUGGAUGAGUGUGUUUUUAGAUAGGUUGACUGCAGAGCAUUUGGAGAACCUACAUGAAAAACUAAUUCAUUUGUGGUCAAUUGUGAAAACAGAGAAGCAAAGCUCCCAAAGCAGCAACUCUUUGGAGCUCUGCCAAAAGAAGAUUAGUGAUUAUACCUUAGGAAUUGAGCAGUUUCUCAGAGAGGUUGGCCAGAUCUAUGAAGCUCUGGAAGAAACUUCCUCCACAAAUGAUAUAGUUUUUCUCUUCCUUCCCCAAAUUGCUGCAGACCUGAUGAUAGCUGGUGUCCCCAUAGAGCUGAUGGAUGGAGAUGCUUCCUAUGUGCCCUUAAAAUGGAUGGCAGCUGUUUUUGACAAGCUCUCUGAGAAACUUGGAGACAAACAUCUCUUUGUCCUCUCUGUGCUUGGCCUGCAGAGCUCUGGGAAGUCCACCCUACUGAAUGCUCUUUUUGGGCUGCAGUUCAGUGUAAGUGCAGGCAGGUGUACUAAGGGGGCCUACAUGCAGCUCCUAAAGGUAGACAAGACAUCCACAGAGGAACUUGGCUUUGACUUUGUGCUAGUUGUAGACACAGAAGGACUUCGGGCCCCAGAACUCAGCAACAAAUCCCAGAACUGGGACAACGAGUUAGCCACCUUUGUCAUUGGGCUUGCAAACUUGACUCUGAUCAAUAUAUUUGGGGAGAAUCCAUCAGAAAUGCAGGAUAUCCUACAGAUAGUAGUCCAAGCCUUUCUGAGGAUGAAACAAGUGAAAAUUUCCCCCAGGUGCAUAUUUGUCCAUCAGAAUGUAGGAGAAGUUACAGCUAAAGACCAAACUACAGAAGGACGAAGGCGGUUAGAGCAGAGGCUAGAUGAAAUGGCAGCACUGGCUGCUAAACAAGAAGAGUGCUCAGAUGUCACUCAUUUCAGUGAUGUCAUCAAGUUUGAUGUCAAUACUCACGUGUACUACUUUGCUCACCUCUGGGAUGGCAAUCCCCCCAUGGCCCCUCCCAAUCCUCGCUAUAGCCACAAUGUCCAGGAACUGAAAAGUACAAUUCUUUUAACUGCCAAACAGGAAUCCAGGGGAAGCAUCAUGAAGAUAUCAGAUGUGAAAUUCAGAGUUCAAGAUUUGUGGAGAGCCCUGGUAAGUGAGAACUUCAUUUUCAGUUUCAGAAACACCCGAGAGGUCAUGGCCAUGAGCAAACUGGAAACCAUGUAUAACCACUGGACCUGGGAGCUCAGGAGCCAUAUGUUGGACUUGCAGAACCAGCUUCACAAUCAGAUUCAAAAUAGAAAAAUUCUGACACUCACAUCAAGCAUAAUUGAGUGUCCAGUUACAGAGAAAUAUGAAACAAUCAAGCAAGCACUUGAAAAAUAUUUUACUGAAGACCCAGAGAGAGAGAUACUUGUCCAAUGGAAAGCCUAUUUUGAAAAUAAGCUACUAAUCCUUAAAGAGUCACUUAUUUCAGACACCAAGAGAAAAGCCCAUGAACUUAUUCAUCUCAAACAAAAUCAAGAACAACUAGAACAGAAAAAGACUGUAUAUGAAAAUGAAUUAUUGAAGAAGAGCCAAAACUUGGCUUUAAGAGUAAAAGGUAAAAAGUUGAGUGAUGAAGAGUUAUAUGAGAAAUUCAGUCAACUUUGGGGAAAAUGGGUUUGUGAAGUAUCCUCAAAUCUCCCUCAAGCCACAGAGCCUAAAAUUGAUGUGCAUGCUGAAAACAUCCUUUUGGAUUAUUUCAGAAAAGAGAAAAACGUAGUAGAAAAACUAAAGAGAAAUAUUGGAAAGAAUUUUCAGCUAGAUUUUGGAAAACAUGUCAAGAUGUGUAAGGAAUAUUUCUUUCUCACAAAGAGUUUAGAGGCCUGUGAUAAAGUGUCCAUUGAUAUGACUACUGAUCGUAUUUUUUCAAGAUUUAAUGAAUAUAUUGAAAAUAUUACGAAUCAACAACGUGAUUAUGAUCAAAGUGACUUCCAUCAAAUCCUGAAAAUAAUAGAAGAGGAAGGGAAAUCUGAACACACUAAGAAUAGAUACAUAUUUACGAGCGAAUACAACAUUGAAUUAUCUUCAUAUUUAUUUCAAAAGGCAACAAAGCAUUUUAAGGAAAGGCAUAGGGCAUUUAGGAGAGCAAAUGAUCCUGUAAAAUAUCUAGAACAAAAGAAAGAUGAUUUUUUCAUGAGUUUCAAGAUCUCCUGCCAAGGUGCAACCUCCAUCACAUGUUUUGUUGAUUUUCUGUGGCAAAAGCUCACUCCUGCUGUCUCUGCUACCAUCCAGGGGAAAAUGGUCCCUAGAAUAGCUGGGGAGAUAAGAGCCUCCUGCCCUGCAUUCAAUGGAAACAGAUCUAACCUGGAGAAACACAUUCUCAUCUCUCUAGCAGAAGAAGAAAAUUUUGAAAAUUAUUGGCAAUACAUUUAUAAUCCAAAAUCAUUUUGUAGGAGUUACAUUGAGAACUAUACCAAAAAGUACUGUUCAGACAACAGAGAUAAAAAAAUAAAGACUUUAUUCAAAACAAGUCUUGAUGACAUCAAGAAUACUAUCCUCUCUGCCAUUCAUGAAUCCACAGCAGUAGCUAAAGACAGAAGCAGCACUGCAUCUGGGUGGCUGGAUUUGUUCUGUGAUCACCUGGGGAACAACUUGAUUUUCCCACGAAGAGACUUGAUAAACAUUGAGCACCAAGAGAUAAAAGAUAUGGAUUUUCUCAAAGAAGCCAUGAGUGCAGGUUUGGAUCCUGCAAUGAAGAAGGUGGAACAGAACUUGUCAAGUAUGCCUAUAGAAGAAAUGGUUCCUGAAAUCGAGAAAAUCCUCUCUGAACAUCUCUGUGGAUGUUGGAAACAGUGUCCCUUCUGUAAAGCAAUUUGUACAAACACAAUUCCUGAACAUGAAGGAGACCACAGUGUUCCAUUUCAUCGUCCUCAGGCUGUCCGUGGAGUCAAUUGGUAUAGAACAGACCACUUUGUCAUUGAUUGUUGUACUAGUUUAGUAGCAAGUAAUAAUUUGCUUGUUUUGAGAGAUGAUUGGAUGAUCCCAUAUAAGAACUAUCGGGAGGCAGGAGGGGAUUAUGCCACAUGGAGCAUCACCCCAGAUUCAUCCACCCAGCCAUACUGGAAAUGGUUUGUCUGUCACUUCAGAACAAAAUUGGAAGAAAAAUAUCAACUAAAAUUUAUAGAUAAAGGUCAAAUGCCCUAUGAAUGGGGCAAAAUCACAAAGCAGGAAGUGCUUAAUGACUUGAAAAAAUAAUCUUCAAUGACCACAUAAAUACCUUAGCAUCUGUACAAAGUCACAGUACCAAGCAACCUCAAAACAUAUCCUCCUUACAACUAGAGCUUUACAUAUUCCACUUUGUAAAGGAAAUGUUUAAAAAGUGAUUAAAUAUCAAUUCAAGAAUUUAAGAAUUCCUGGAAAAAUACUUGAUAUCUCUCUGCCUCAAUUCCAUUUGGAUUAGAAAGAAAUUACUAAAAUAGGAGCAUAUGACAAAAUCCAAAUAUCUAGUUCCUAUUUUGAAAUAUUGCUCUACAUAUUUUAAAAUAUGUAAUACCUCAGAAAAAAAUCAUCUUCACACGGAAAAUUUUAAGUCAUUUCAUGAUACUACAAAUUUCUCUACAGUAACUGCAUGGCUGUUGAACUAAUAUACAAGUCUUGACAAGCAACGACAAAUAAACUUUCUCUAUUUCACUGAAUUUUUUCAGUCAUUCAAUCCACGAAGAAAAUUUACUCACCCUUAAACACAAAAGAUUCAUGGAAAUUUCAUGAUUCCCAUGUAUAGUAUUUUAUAGGGAUAUUUUAUUCUAGCAGAGAACAAACCAGAGACUUGACAAAGAUAAAGUCUUCAUCAAGUCAGGAAACAUUAUCAGGCAAACAUAGGAAAUAGAAGUUAAAUAAUUGCUUCAUUUAAUCAACAUUCUCUUCUUUCUGGUUUCUUGGAACUUCUUUGUCAUGCUACAAAAAGUUGAGUUAUUCACAAAGUUUAGAUCUUCAAAGCUGGUGUUAUCUGCCUGAGAUUACCUCCUGAAACAAGUGUAAUGAUAACCAUGUAAAUGGGACCCUACCCAUCAAGUCUGUGGACAAGGUCAAAUUAGAUAAAGCCAUUAAUGAUUAUAAACACCAUCCCCUAAAGAAAAAAAAAUGAAAAAAUAUCUACUUUUUAUAAAAAUUUCAUAAUUAUUAAUUAAUCUUAAUUGGGUUUUCACAUUUUAAUAAAAAUUUAUAUUUCAUAUAUAAAUAUAUAUUUCAUGUAUAAAAUGCAGAGGGGUGCUUAUCUACAAUGAGACAUAUUUUUGCUUCCUUAUACUUUUUCCGUGCUAGGGGAAUCACCCUUCUACAAACCUAUACCUUAUGCUCAGUUCUCAAAGCUGAUGAUUUAAAAUAAUGCUGAUGCAAGAAGAAAAUGUCCUCAUUUUAGACAUAAAGAUACCCUUUGGUUUCCAUUUACUGAUACAGGCUCUACCUAUCUAUGGACAGUGAAAAGACACAACCAAAGCCACAGUAGUUAAACAACAUAGAUCUUCAGAAAUGGGAGAUAGGAAUGCUGACUCCAUCACCUUUGUCCACCACAGGACUACAAAUAUAUUAUCAGUUUCAGAUCUACUGACUAGAAUCUCCAUAAGUUUUCUGUUUGUUUUUGUUGUAGUGCUGUGGAUUAAACCCUGGCAUUACACAUGUCAGGAAGCACAUUUUUACUCAACUACAGCAUUUUUUUUUUAAUUUCAGAGAUGGAGUUUCAUUAAGAUGCAACCUGUGAGCCUCCUGCCUCAGGCUCUCAGGUUGCUGGGAUUAAAGGUAUCAGAAAUCUUGAAAAAAUUGUGAAGGAUAUAGGUGUUCUUGAACAGAAUGAUUUUUUUUUUCUGAAAAAAUAGUCUUGGUGAGAGUUGGGAGGAUCUCUUAAUGAGAUCAACCUGAUAUAGUAUUAGGAACAGAAGCUCUGCACAGCAUGGUGCCUGUCACACUCAUCACUGCAAGCUUUGAAAAGGCUUAAUGUUCAAUUGACAUUAGCUGAAUGCUUUUAUUUAUUUAUUUUUUUAUUGUUGGUUGUUCAAAACAUUACAUAGUUCUUGAUAUAUCGUAUUUCACACUUUGAUUCAAGUGGGUUAUGAACUCCCAUUUUUACCCUGUAUACAGAUUGCAGAAUCACAUCAGUUACACAUCCAUUGAUUUACAUAUUGCCAUACUAGUGUCUGUUGUAUUCUGCUGCCUUUCCUAUCCUCUACUAUCCCCCCUCCCCUCCCCUCUUCUCUCUCUACCCCCUCUACUGCAAUUCAUUUCUCCCCCUUGUAUUAGCUGAAUGCUUUUUAUAUUGAAUGAAUCAAUAUAGCCUUCAACUAAUAAGUCUCAUAUAUUACUUUUGAUUUUAAAGCCAAAAAUAUUUUGCAAAAGUAAAAAGGCCUCUAAUAAAUUCCUCAGGUAUGUUAACAGUGUGAUUCUUACAUGAGAUCCCAAGGAAAAACUAGAGAGAUGACAAAAAUAUUGGGAAGAGGUAAAUUAGAAUAAAAGAAGAUGACUAUGUAGAGAUGGUGUUUUAUGUGAUACAAUUAGGGAAAAUAAUCAAGUUGGUGCCAGAAAUGGGAGAGAUAAUAGUGUUAGUAUUUUGGGUCUCAUUAGGGAAGAGACCUCAGGAACAGUGGAGCAGGGGAGAGGAGUCAGUGGGGAUGAGAACAUCAAGAUGUAGAGCACUGAGUCUGAUUGAAGGUCACAAAAUUAGAGUUGAAAAUAGGUGCAAGGUUAGUAGGGGUAGGGUUCUCAUGGGUAGCAGAAUGAGCCUCAGUCACUGAGGUGAGGAGCAGAGAAAAAGGAAUUGGGGGUCACCACAUGAGCAGAUUUCACAUGUUCCAGUCAUUAAGGCAAAGGUGCCAAGUAGUGUGGUAAAGGAAUCACAAGGCCAAAAGAGAUGGGGCAAGGAUGGUAAUGGACCUAGGAGAGUAUGGAAAUUCAUGACAGGAUGUAAGUUAUUCACUUAUACGUGGACUCCAAAAAUGAGAACUCAUAGAAAUAGAGAGUAGAAUGCAGGUUACCAGAGACUGAGGACAGGGUGGGGGAUAGGGGAAAGUUUGGUCAAAAGGGAAAGUUUCAGUUAAAGAAGAGGAAAAAUUCUGGUGAUCUAUAAAACCAGGUGACUAGUAAUUAUGCUAAUUAUUAUCAUUAGUACUAUUGCUAUCUUACUGAAAUGUAGUUGUGUUUAUAGUCUGCUCACUUGUAAGAAGCAAGUCCAAGCUUUCUAUUUUAAUCCAAGUAUGAGUUGCAUAAGUGUUUGUAGUGCUCUUUUCUCAGUCUGUGUUUUAUUUUCUCUAAAUGUAAUCUUAAAAUAAAGUAGAAUUAAAAUACUCAUGCUUAAUGAAUUACACAAUACAAAAUUGCAAACAGUGAAUUUUAAGUGUCAUAACCCCCCAAAAAUAGAUAAGUAUAUAAAGUUAUGGAUAUGUUAAUUUGCCUAAUUUGCUUAUUCCUCAAUCUAUACAUGUAUAAAAGCAUCAAAUUGUACCCCAUAUUAUGUACAUUUAUUAUCUGUCAAUAAAAAUUAAAAAUAAACUGAAUAAAAAAUGAUUUACAUAAAAUGCAAUGGAAAACUGCUUCAAGAUUUUUUCAGGAGAUCUCUUUUUCUUAGAGACAGAUAAUAUGAACCCAAUAACAUCUACAGAGUGUGGUAUGUCUAAAAAUUGACCCCUUUAAAUUUGGGGGUGCUUUCAUUGGAACACUGAAGAUAGACUUGUGAAAUGCAUAAUUGUCAUUUUAUUCUUACCUUUAUUCUUACAUUGAGAGAAUGGUUAUUCUCUCAAUUCCAACUUUCAGUAAAUUCUAAACAAGCUAUUCAAACCUUUAUUAUUGUUGUAUAUGAGUUUUGAGGGCAAUAAAGAGUAUUAAAUUACAUUAUAUUGUUUUGUAUUAUACUAUAUCAUAUGUUUGUGAAGAAAACCAAUAGUGCUAUCAUUGUAGUAUUGGUAUCUGUGUGAACUUGGACUUGUAAUUUAGCCCCUGUGUCUUCAGGCAUCCUAACACUGCAAUGAUAGGAUUCUCAUUAAUAAAUGAAUGGCUACUUACAAGGCAUGGAGGACAAUGCUACACAUGGAGUAAGUACACUGUAAGUGUCAGUUGUUAUGUCAUGCUGUCUAUCCCAGGUUCCUUUUUCAUUUGCUUUUGAAUAAAAUUUUACUAGAAGCACACCAAUAGAUGAAGUAGUCUCACUGGAAGUUCAUUAACAAUAGUAUUCAACAUGGCCUCCUUGGGAAGUCACACUUGAUAAUAUAGUCUUUAAAAUGUCUAAUUAGUGCUGAAGAGGUCAGAGACUUGAUCUCUCAAAAAAUAAAAUAAAAUGUCUAAUUAAUACUUAAUAACUCAAAAUGCAGUUCAGAAUAUCAAAGUUCUUCAGUACUUUAUUAAUAGCUAUAUGUAUUUGAAACACAAAUUAACCAAAUGCAACCAAGUCAAUUUUGUAAUGUUUUUUGUCAGUGUGAAAUAGAUCUCAGGUUCCCCAUGCCUUAGAUAGAUCUUAGGUUUCUCAUUCCUGAGAAAUAAAUUUGCAUGCACACAAUUUGUUUUAGAAGUUAUUCCUGUAAAAAAAUGAAUAAUGGAGAGAGGAAACAAGAAGAGGUGGUCUUCAAGAUGAAGAAGGGAAUUAGUGGAUUUAAGUCAAGUGUUAACUAUUAGGGAAUGCCAGCUUGCUACUGUAGUUAAGAGCAGGAACUUAGCAUCAAGACUGCUUAGAUGUGUAUGUAAAUAAAGACCCCAUCACUUUGCUAGCUAUCUGCCCUGGGAUAAGUCAGCAUGUGUCUGCUUCAUGUGCUUCUUCUAUAAAAUUCUGCUAUCUCAUAAAGGUGUGAAGAUGACUUGGAUAUAAUAUGUAUGCCUGGCUCUUGGUAUAUGUUCCCGUGUUAGCUGGUUGUAGUACCAGGGAACAAAAUCUUGUUAAUAGAAGUCAUUGUGCCACUAUUAUUACUGCAAUGAAAUGCAGUGAGGUCUCCACUCAAGGCUCAGUUGCAACUUCCUGAAGAUGCAGAUCCAACAUUCAUAUUUUGAGCCAAGUAAUGUUUAUAAAUAUGUUUGUCUGACUGUUUUCUCUAUAUUUUAUCUAAAUAGAAUAUUAAAAAAUAUAAUAAAAACCAUAAAGAAAAAAUGUAUGAGGAACAGAAGGAAGAAAGGCUGAGUAAGAGCAUUAUAAGGUUCUUUUGACAAUAGCCAAUCACCUCCAAUGUCAUUAUUUUUAAGGCAAUGCAAGGGAUUUACAUAAAUUGGGGAAAAAAUGUGAACCUGAUCAUGUUCUCCUAGAAACAACAGUCCUAAUUGUUAAAUAUCUUUGGUUCUUCUCCUUUGAACAAAGAAAAGUAUCAGGUAUAUCUGUUACUUUACCCUGUAAUUUCCAUUAUCUCCACUGUGGGGGAACAUAAGCGCACCACUCAGAUCCUUCUUCAAGGAAGAGUUUGCUGCCCACAUGAGGGGAGUAAAGGAAGCAGCCACUCAUCAGUUGUCAUAUCUGCCUCAAUUGAAGAGAGCCUUUCCCCUGGGGUCAGGCUCUCCUGAGCAACUUGCAUCCAUGAUUGAGUGAGACACAGAGGCCCUGCCAUGUUGGCCUGACACAGGAUGCUCUGAUGGGCUCCACUCACUCCAGAGUUUCUGCCUUGUCCUGGAAGCAUCCUGAGGCCUGCACCACAGUUCAAUUUCUCCCACUGCCAAGUCCUAUUACUCCCCCUUCUUUCAUAAGUGUUUACCACUAAGAAAUAUCUUCCACGCUGUUUCAACAUCUGCUUCUGGAAAAACAAAACUGUGGCAUUAUUCAAGGCCUUGGUACAGAUUGCUGAGUGCAGAUGGAUUUGAACAAUGGGUUUGUGAAUAAGAAAGAAACUGAAAAAAAGAAAAUAAGUGCUACAUAAUAUUCUGUUCCCAAAACCAGUAUGAAGAGAGCAGCAGAGAGGAUGAAGGCCUUUCAGAAUAGACUAGCAGACAGGAAAGCGAAGAGCAAAGAGAAGCAUGAGACAGUUGCUAGAUGAGCCACUCAUUAGUCAGUAAUAAUUAAUAAAUAGAAAACUGAUAAUUUUUUUUUUAAAAAAGAGGAAAACUAACGAGGAGAAGAAGAAUAGAUAUUUUUCCAUUUGGCCUUCGAAUUGGUAGUUGGAGAGGGGUGUAAGGGUUCUGUGUUUGGGAUUGAGGUCGCUGAUGGUUCAUGACUGUGGCAUGCUUAGUGAGUAGGAAGGAUCUGUGCAAAAACACAGAAUGUGUGGCUGCUAGGAAAACCUCUGUGCAAAAACACAGAAUGCCUACCUGCUGUAGCAAUACCCUGCACGAGGAGGCUCUGUGUUAGAGUCUUAUCAGCCUCAAACAUGAUUUCAGGCGCACAGCUCCUGUUUCACCAAGCUCUGCUGAGCCUGAACCUGCCCACAUAACAGUUAACUUUAAACAAUGGAUUUUCUUGAGAGCUACACAAAGCUCCUCACAAUGCACAUUGCAACUAUAUUAUGUAACUGAGGAAUAAGCUGCAUAAUGUUGCUAACUCUGUAACCUUUCUAAUGACACAAUGAAGAAUAAUGUACUACUGAUACCAGUGACCUAAUGUAACAUAUUAAUAUAAAUAAAGCUGGUAUCUUGGC